UAUCUUUCUUUAGUACAAUUUUCUUCUUGCAAAACAGUGUUGUAUUUUGAUAGUGUUUAACUUUUGGGCUUUUUAUUUAAUGAAAAUAAUAAAUAAAUGUGAAACAAAAAGUGUAGAACAAAUAAAAUAGAAGACAAUUAAUAAUCUGAUGCACACAAAUCUCCUUAUAUUGAUUUGGCGCCGUAAAAUAUCUCUUUUACUACUUGCUUCUUCCUUAAUACUUUGUGGUCUUUGGACUUGGGCCUAUUUGGAUACAAAGCAAAGUUUUUCACAAAACUAUAUUAAUUUACCCAGUGAUACAGAAGAUUCCACCCAAAGAGAUUCCUACAAACAUAUUUAUGUCUUACAAAAACUUAUUUCGCAGGCUAAUCGCAUUUUAAGAUUUCAACAAAAUCAAGAUACCAACAACAAAAAAGAAACCAAUGUUCAGCAUCAUACCAACAGUUUAGCUAAUUCGGGAUUAACACGUUUCGUUAAACCUACCAAAAAUCCAACGUCUAUUGUUAUUGAAGAAGCUUCAGCUCAAACGUUAUCGUUGGUAGCGAGACGUAAGAAGUUACCUAUAGUGGGAGAAAGUUAUCUUUUCGAAGAGGAACGUUUAAGAAUUUUGGAAAAUCAACAGAAAUCUAGAAACUCAGCCAUGGAUGAUUUACAAAGUCAAAUGGAAAAUGAUGCACAAAUGUUGUCUUCAGCAGAGAAGCAGACUCAAUAUGAACAUGAACUGCAGCGCAUGGGUAUACCCAUUGUGGCUGGCAUAGGUCCCGACGGAGCUAAGCCACCCAAUGAACGUUUAGUGCAUUUGGAUUUAAAGGGAGCACCACCUAAGCUUUCUUUUUUGAAAACUCUUUUGCCGGUUAUAAAAACUUUGGGAGCCACUGGCCUAUUAAUUGAGUACGAAGAUAUGUUUCCAUUUGAGGGAAAUAUCUCUUCACUUUCAGCCAGAAAUGCAUACAAUCGUGAAGAACUUAAGGACUUUUUGGAAGCCUGUGCUGAGCACGGUUUCAACAUAAUACCUUUAGUACAAACUUUUGGUCAUAUGGAAUACGCACUGAAACUACAAGAAUUUGCCCAUUUACGCGAAUUGCCAGACAGUCCACAAUCCAUAUGUCCCAGUCAAAAGCAAUCAAUGAAUUUUAUCGAUGCUAUGCUAACACAAGUUAUCGACUUUCAUUUGCAAUUGCAACAACCGAACAUCGAGAAGAUUCCUUUGAAAAUGUCACACAUACAUAUUGGUUGUGAUGAAGUUUAUCGCAUGGGUGAGUGCACACAGUGUAGACAAAAAACCAAAGGAGAGUUAUUUCUCAAUCAUGUGACUACCAUAGCCCAUUUCAUACGCAUGAAAUGGCCACAAUUGAAAGUUAUAAUAUGGGAUGAUAUGUUAAGGGGCAUGACCUUGAGUGAAAUGCAACAUUCGCAAAUUGGCAAUUAUGUGGAACCCAUGAUUUGGGUCUAUAUCAAUGAUAUCUAUCGUUUUAUACCGCCCAUGUUGUGGGAGAGAUAUACACGGGUAUUCCCUACAGCCUGGGCUGCUUCUGCAUUUAAAGGUGCUUUCGGUGAAAGCUUAAUGAUACCACCUAUACAAAGGCAUUUGGAAAACAAUAUACGCUGGUUGGCAGUUAUCGCCAAAGAAGGUGCCAGAUUCUCUAAGGGUUUUCAGGGUUUAGCACUUACCGGCUGGCAACGUUAUGAUCAUUUUGCCAUUCUCUGUGAACUUCUACCCACUGGCAUACCCAGUCUAAUGGUCUCACUAUCAACUGUUUCUCGGGGCUAUUUCAAUACCAAUCCCAAGGAAAAUGAUUUACUAAAAGUAUUACAAUGUGUCUAUCAAUUGGAUAAAAGACGCUCUGGUCACCCCUGGUUAGAGUUACAGCCAAACUCUCAUCAUAAUCAAUUAUUUUCGACGUGUAUAUAUUUGGGUCACCAAUUUUAUAAAUUCUCUUUGAGGUUGUUUGACAUGUUGACAGAAAUCGAAGUGUAUUUGCAACAGGUACAAGAGAAAAGUGCUUGGAUGUCUGAUUACAAUGUACGACACAAUUUUACAUCAACAAUAAGGGUGCAUGAGCUGACACACAAGACGCCCAUUUAUAUUAGUGAGUUACAGGGUAUGGCCAGGCAGGCCAAUGAAUUGUUAUACGAAAUAUAUGAUGAGUUUACUAUAGCUGAAUUUAUCGAACAGUCAAUUUAUCCCACUAUUGGUUCAUUACAACGGCAUUUAGCAAAUGCUCAAUUACUCUUGCAACCAAAUACUUGGCCACAACGUCCUUUGCCAAUAGCACAAGCUUUGCAUAAUUUAAAUUUAAUACCAAAUAAUCAACUACAGCAGCAGCAACAGCAACAGCACCAUCACUACCAACAACAACAACAAUAUCAACAACAGCAUCAUCUACAAUAUCAACAUCAUCAACAUCAUGCAACAAAUUGAAACACAUUAUAUAAAUAUAUAUAGAAGUUCUUUGCAUAUGUCUUCCGCAAACCACACACAUGCAGACAGAAACGUUAAUAACCAUGGUGUUUAAUUAAAUUUAGUCGAAAAUGUUAACAUUAAAGGAAAUCAUUAUUAUCAUACAUUUAGCAAAAAAAAUAUAAAGAAAAAAUUCUACACAUUUUUUUUAUUAUUUAGAGAUGAAAAAGAAACUUAACUCAAAACAUAAGCUUAAAGCUUUAUUUUUUUAAAAAAAUACCGAAAUUAUUCGAAUAAAUAUCUAUACAUAUAAUGUUAUUAAUUAAACUAAAAUAUAAAUAUAAAUAAAAAAUUAAAAUUAAACAUUUAAAAUGUUGCAUAUUAGUAGUUACAUAUUUAACAUACAUAAACAAAAUAUGUAUUUUUUGCAUACGAUUUAAAAAAAAUUUAAUUAUUAUUACAAACAAGUUAACACA